GAAUGAUGACUUUUAUAUCCCACUUCACGUUCGUCCGUUCGGAAGGUAGGACCGUACCGUGGCUUCGCGGGGUAACUUUUAACGUCUCUCUGCACAUCUGACAUAGUCAUCAUGCCCUGCUUUAACAGCAAGCGUCGUCCCUGUGACAUACCGACGGAAGCAGCGGUCCGUGAGCAACACUCCAGGCAUCAGCCUCAGCUUCCGGCGCAUGAACUGUUCAAUUUCAUGCGGUAUCAGAUAGAGCAGCAGCACAUCGCCCUGGCCUGCUUGACGCAACGUCGCGGCAGAGCAGUCCCCGAAUCAUGUCAGGACUACUUCCGAACAAAGUUGUUUGCAUCACUGGCGCGUCGCGAGGCAUCGGGCGAGCUUGUGCAGUCGAGUCUGCCAACCAGGGCGCAUUGGGGCUCAUACUGCAUUAUUUGGGCGACAAAGAGACGCAGGCAGAAAUUCAGGCUUUGAAGGAGGAGAUAGAGACACGAUAUCCCAACGCGCGCGUGGCGGUAGUCCCAGGCGACAUCGCCGAUCCCGCCACUUCGACCACGAUCGUCGAGGCAGGCGUUGCAGCAUUCGGACGCAUAGAUGUGCUCGUUAGCAACGCUGGAAUUUGUCCAUUUGCUGAGUUCUUGACCAUGCCGCACGCGACAUGGCAGCGAACUCGUGCAGUCAAUUUGGAUGGGUCGUUCUAUAUCGUCCAAGCGGUGGCAAACCAGAUGAAGUCUCAAACGCCACAGGGUGGGUCGAUCAUCGGCGUAUCCUCGAUAUCUGCGCUGGUCGGGGGCGAGUUUCAAUGGCACGUACCCUUUCAAACGUCUCUGCGAACAAAAAAUCGACCGGCUUUUUCUAGCCACUACACCCCAACAAAAGCUGGCAUCCUCUCGCUCAUGCAGAGCUGUGCGCUCGCCCUCGGGAAGUACAACAUCCGCGCGAACGCCGUCCUGCCGGGGACAAUCGCCACGGACAUCAACAAAGAGGACCUCUCGAAUACCGCGAAGCGCGACUACAUGGUCGGUAGGACGGCCCUCGGCCGACUGGGCGCACCGGAAGAUAUCGCAGGGCCGGUUGUGUUCCUUGCGAGCGACCUAGCCAAGUACGUGACCGGAGCACCGCUGUUGGUUGACGGAGGGCUUUUUGUGAACCUGCAGUAA